CCCCGGACAGUAUUGGGCGCAGGACAGCUUCAGUUGACAUUGCUGCUACCGAGAAGAGGUUGUUAUUAAACCCGAAGCUUCUUCCCCAGGAGCUGCAUCCGCUUUUCAUCUCUGAUUCCCCGCAGAGAGAGGAGCCAUGUACCGGAGGCCGCUGCUCACCGCCCUCAGAACCCUCUUUAUUAACGGGAACAGAGCCUACGGACAGGAAUUCUGUUCAGUCCGAGCUCUAGCCUCCUGGAGAGUGUCCUCUCCCUGUUUAACAUCAUGUCGCACCCUGCACAGCACCCCACAGCUCUUCAAUGUGAACGAGAAGCCGCAGCACACAGAGGAGGAAGUGGGAGCGUUCACCAAACUCAUCGAGGUCAUGGGCUUCACCGGACCCCUCAAGUACAACAAAUGGAAAAUCAAGAUUGCUGCGUUGCGCAUGUACACGUGCUGCGUAGAGAGAGUCAACUACGACGAGUUCUUUGACAAGUGCUCCCUGCCUGACACAAUGAACUCCUGGUUCUUAGUUGCACAGCUACAUAUAUGGAUGUGCAUGGUGCGGAUGCGUCAGGAGGGCAGAGAGGGGAAGUACAUGUGUCGCUGGCUGGUUCACUCCAUGUGGGAGGACGUGGAGCAGAGGAGCAAAAUCAUGGGGGUCGAUUCCAGCCACAGGAAGGAGGGAAUGACUUCGAUGACGGAGACGUUUUACGCUGCAAUAUUUGGAUAUGAUGAGGGCGUGCUGUCUGAUGACUGCGUGCUGGCUGCAGCCCUGUGGAGGAAUCUGUUCAGUAGAGAGUGUGAAGACCCCAAACAGCUGGAGCUCAUGGUGGAGUACGUGCGCAAACAGAUGCAGUUCAUCGACGCUCUGGACGGGGAGGACCUGAUGCUGUCGGGGGAGGUGAAGUGGCGCCCCCUGCUGGAGGAAAACGCUCAGAGCAUCCUGAAGGUGGCCACGCCCACUUAUAACGACACAGGGCUGUGACUUCCUGUUUCCUCUACUUCUUCUUCUGUCCUCGUGUAACCUAUCUUCCUCCUCCUCCUCCUCCUCUGUCACAUAAGGAUUUUAAAUGUGUCGCUUCUUAUCCUCCUCAUACUUGUUUGUCUAGACUGUUUUAUCACGGCGCGAAAGGAAGCAUCAUCGUUCGACCUCUUUGUUUUUCCGCACCCUCUCUGCAGACACACACACACACACACACACACACACAGGAAAACAAGACGUAUUUAUAUUUUUCUUGUUUUCUCUACCUUGUAUUUAUAAAGUAUUUUGUAUACCUCCAUGUUUACACCCUACUGAAGCGUCACCCUGCGUUAAAUAAGCUUUCACUUUGAAUCGGUGACGUUAAACGAAUGGUUUCAGGGCCGAGAAAAUGUCCGCCAAUGGAGCUUCUUUAUUGCAAUCACAGGCUGUAGGUAUUUUUCUCAACAUGCAUCAUGACAGGAAGCAAACACUCAUCUCUGCAUUUAAAAACAAUGAGGUUUUGUUUUUGUUUUUAAUAAGUGAAUAAAGAAAAUGUUAUAUGGAUAUAAAAA